UCUGCUUGUGCCAGCCUGCCCUGGACGAGAGGAAAGACAUGUGCCAGCAUCUAACAGACCUGCCUCUCCGGACCUAAAUGCUACAAGGCAACCGGUUGACCGAGUCAUCGUGGAAUAAUAGAUGGAGAGGGAACGGCCACGCUGUCAGGUGACAUUGAGGCCAGAGUUUUCUCUCAGGAUUUUCAGACAGACCCAGCUGGAGGACACUGUGGCUCUCUCGCUAUGACUCACUCGCUCUCAGCCUCACAGAGGAGACCUGCAGCUUCAGAAUUUGAAUCCUUGAAGUGGAUCGUCAUCUGAACCAGGCAGAACAUAAAACAUCUGCAGAACCAGACAGGGCACUCAUGGAUAAAACAUAGUUGCCAUGGAUUUCAAAGGACAAGAAAGCACAAGAAACAGAAGAGGAAUAAUUAUCUGUAACUGAAAACGUUGUAGUACAUAAAAUUAAUUUGAAGAAUCAAGCAACGAUGCAUACAGAAUGCUACAGUUGUGACGAUCCAUGCAUAUGUUGACUGAAACAAUGCAUUGAGCGAUGCUCUGAAGUCAUUCAAUUAAUUGGUCGUUCGUAGUCUGGAAUAAACAGUACUUCAGGCUUUCAUCAAAUUUUAUGGAGGCCUUGCAUAGCCAGUUGACCACAGGGGAGCAAUCUGGAGGUUUAGAAAAGCCGAAUGAGACUCCAGUGGAGAGCCCCCAGCCUCAGGAUCAUGACCAGAGCAAGGUUGGCACCCAGCAGCAUCAUGCGCGACAGCAAAAACGUAUUAAUCCUGAGAGAAAGCGUCUCAGAUUACAGAAGAAAACUGCUCUGGAGACAGACAAUGAUGAAGAGGGAAAGCCACCAAGGGCAUCUGGUAGUUCUGGAAAUCUUGAUGAUAACAUGAGGCAGCCUAGUGAAAUCCCGUCUGGAGCUUCAUCCUCAGGAGUAUCAGCUAGACCAUCCUGUUCCAUGGAUGAGGCCCUGGAAGGUACACCUCGACAAAAACGGGAGCGUAAACCUCAAAAGCCUGGAAAGUAUGUGUGCUCAUACUGUGGUCGUGCUUGUGCCAAGCCCAGUGUGCUUCAGAAACACAUCCGUUCCCACACUGGAGAGAGACCUUACCCAUGUGCACCAUGUGGGUUCUCCUUCAAGACUAAAAGUAACCUGUACAAGCACAGAAAAUCACAUACUCACCGGGUGAAAGCUGGUCUUACCGCAGACCGGGAAGGACCAAGUUGUUCCGAGGAGCCACUUUCAGAAUCAGAGGAUGAAAGCAAACCAUCUUCCUUUUCAGAAAAACAAACGAUGUCCAUUCAAAAGCAAAAUACCACAGAAAAGUGCUCUGAUAAACAAGGUACAGAGGAUUCUCACGCAGUUAAAAAGAGACUUGCAAUGAGACUCAGUAAAGGAAGACGUACACCUAUAGGAUCAUCUGAUGAAACAUCCUCAUCGUUUGGUCUAAGUAGCAAAGGUAGCACAGAGUCAGGCUAUUUCUCUCGAUCCGAGAGCACGGAAGUCUCUCAAGAUAGUCCACCAAACACAACAAGUGCCAAAAGCUAUGCAGAGGUCAUCCUUGGAAAGUUUGGUCGUCUUGGUCAAUUACAAAGGACUGCCCAUCAACAACAUGCCCAUCCUGCUGGGCAAGAAAGUAAACGAAUUCCAUUCUCUGUGCCAAAAAAGCAAGUUAUUGACCACAUAACAAAACUCAUCACCAUCAAUGAGGCUGUGGUAGACACCAGUAAGAUUGACAGUGUCAAGCCAAGAAGGUUCUCGCUCUCUAGGCGAAGCAGCACAGAACUGAAGCCAGCCUCUUCCAAAGAGCCUUUCCUUCAAAGUCCAAAAGAAAUAGAUGUGAGUACAAAGAGCAGUGGUUCAAUUACUCUCGGUGUACCUUGUGAGAAAUUUCAGCACCAUCCUCUCAGUAUGGAACCGACUGACUCAACAUCAACCGCUCCUCUUCUGAGAAGUCACUCCAUGCCCUCAGAUGCAAGCGUUAGUGACGUGUCUGAAACUUCCCGUAGUCUUCGCCUUAGCCAAUCCUUUGAUGACCAGCAACCAGUUCAGAAUCGACGUCAUGGUAUGCUAAGACGACAGCCCGCCAUUGAAUUGCCCAUCGGUGCUGAAAUUACCAUAGAUGAACACAGCUCUUCAUUUCAUCCCUCAGUUCCUGCAGUGCCUGAUCCCAGCCGGAAACAAGAGCCUCUUGAGUGUGAUGCAUGUGGCAUAGUGUUUAAUGACUGGGAGAGAUAUCAAACCCACUGCAUGGUUCAUAUUUCUCAACAACAAGUGGAAGAACACACAAGAACGUUCACAAGUCGUCCUGGUGCUUUUGCGUUUAGAAAAAGAAGAAAAGAAGAGAGCAUAGAACUUGACGAUCCUUCUUUACCUUCGGUUUCUUAUGUAUCACUCAAGGGGUAUACGCCAUCUUGUGAGCAGCCUAUUAAAGGGACCAUUGAAUUAGGUCCAAGAAUUGCUUUGAAAGGAAUAUCUGUUAUACAGCAUACUAGUUCUUUUGAGAAACAUGAUGGUACUUUAAAAAACCCUGGACCAGAUGAGGUCCCUCACCCUCAUGAUGUCUCCCAUUGCUCACAAUCAAAGGAGCAGUCAACUAAACCAUACUUCCGUAAACUUGUACGGCAACACAACGUCCAAGUGCCAGAGAUUCUGGUCACUGAAGAUUCAAACACCAACAAAAUGGCAGUAUCACCCCCUCCAACCGUACCUAAAAUCAAGGACGCUGAAAAGGUCAGUGAGUUCCAAUGGCCCCAAAGAAGUCCAACUUUGGCCCAACUUCCAAUUGAGAAGUUACCGCCUAAAAAGAAACGUCUCCGUCUUGCAGAAGCUGCCCAGUCUUCAGAGGACUCAAGCUUUGAUUCAAUGUCCCUGCCUCACAGUCCAAGUCAAGACAGUUGCGUGUCUCACGCCUCCAGUCGAUCAGCUUCAUUUGAAGAGGCGGAUAUGACACCAACUAGGAGAUCAAGAGCCACUCAUACUUUGACAAUUCCCUCAAGUUCUCACAGAGAAAUGAGGCGCUCUGCAUCUGAGCAGGCACCCCAUGUUCCUCAACAUGUUAACCUUAUUAAGGAAACUCGCAGUAAGUCUUUUGACUACAGCAGUUUGUCCCCAGAUCGGACUCCUGCGGGAUGGAGAGAAAGGCGGAAAUGCCUUCUAAUGAGGCACAGUGCAGUGAGGGAACCUGAGGAGGAGGAUCAAUCUAAACUCUUCAACACCAGUUCUCCAACUCAAAGGACUAGCACAUCACCUAGCCAUAGCCCAGCAAUCUCGUACAGUCCAACCAACACCCAUCUUCUGUCUAGUGAGAAGCAGAUAAUGCAAUUGCAAUCACAGGAGAAUGCAUUGCAGUUGACCCCAUUUAUUCAUACUGACCAGCCUACAACAAUGGGAAGUCUGCUUUGUCCAUCAGGUGCUGCCAGAGCUCAUUAUUCUUCAAUGUCAACUGGACUCAAGCUUGAAAUUCCAAUGGAGAAUGACUUGGCGAAUUCUGAGACAAGGGUCAACCAACCAUACCUCACUCCUCAUCGCCACCAUCGGAAUCUUGGUUUUGACGUUACUUCAAACACAGAACUACUGAGACCUUCACCAGCCCAGACAAUUCCAGUCCGUCUCAAUUCACUCCUUCCACACCAUGCAGGCUCUAUUUAUACUACAGUUUCACAAACAUUUACCUCAAGGCCUCAGGAACCUUGCUGCUCUGGAGUCAGUUCGGUUCAAGUGGCCUCAAAGUUUGAAAUCAUGGACCAACAAUCAACAUCUGAUAGAUUCAAAUCAGUAAGUGCUGGAGCAACCAAACGUGUGCUAUCCCCGACAAGCAGUGAGGAGCUCAGCCUUGAGAGUGAGCAACAGCAGAAACGGGUGAAAGAACAGGAAAAUGAAAGGGGGAAUGAUGAAGUUUUGAUUGAAUGCAAGAAGGAUGAAAGACUGGGUGAGCAAAGUAUCAUCUUACCAACAGAACACAAAGAACCACCAUUUCUGACUCUUAACACUAACCUUACUUUUACCUGGUGCUAUCUAAACUACAUAAAGCCCAAUCCGUCUAUACAGAGUGAACAACAAAACUCAGUCUAUUCUACGUGGUGUACAAGUACCCGCAAUCCAAACCCUCCUGGCUUGACAAGCAAGGACAUGCUAGCCCUGUUGCACUGCAGGCAGAGACCAGAACCACUCAUCUACACCAUGGCAGCCAUGUCACCUCCUCUGGACAGGAAACAAGAGACACCUGAGUCUCAAAAGCCUGACUUGACUGAGGUACGUGCCACUCAGUCCACAGAGCCGAAAGAAGCCCAGCAAGCUGAGUUGACAGAGGUAGAAAAGAAAACAGCAAUGGAGAAGGACGACCAACUAUCUACCUCCAAGUACAGUUCACGGGUUCAGAUUUGUGAGGGAGGAUACAGGUCAAGUGAGGAAUACGUGUAUGUCCGUGGCCGGGGCAGAGGACGAUAUGUAUGUGAAGAGUGUGGAAUACGCUGUAAGAAACCCAGCAUGCUGCGCAAACACAUUCGACUACACACGGACGAUCGGCCUUACGUCUGUCAGCACUGUAACUUUGCCUUCAAAACCAAAGGGAAUUUAACCAAACACAUGAAGUCAAAGGCUCAUGGGAAGAGGUGUCCAGAGGGAACUGCUCCAGGACCAGUUCAGUGUGAGCUUGAGACACAUGAGGGAGGUGACCUUGAGACGGAUCUGGUGGAGGAGCACCAGUUCUCAGACGCAGAGGAGACAGAUGUGGACGAGGAUGAUGAUGAUGAUGAUGAGGGUGACGGGCAAGCAUCAUGCUCCUCUUCAUCGUCCAAGAGUGCGUCUCUCUCCAGGGAUAAUUCUGGCUCCUGUGACAUCUCGGGCUUUCCAAACCCAGGCUGGGAACAACAUCCAAAUCCGCCUGUCAGUAUGAGCCCCCGAAAACCAAGCCACUAUGGAGAAGCUGCCUCUCCGAAGACCACAAAGUCUAUAGUAACCCUUCGCCACCUGGAACCCACCACAGGGACGUGCUCGUCCCCGUCUCCUGGCCUGCAUAUCUCCCCUGCUUUACCGCAGUCUCCUCAGCGUGACAUGUCCCCUCUGCGCUGUCCCUCUCCAAAACACAGUCUCUUUCCAUCAUCUUGCGUUUCCUCUCGGUCUCCUUUUGAACACCCAGCCUCAUCGUCCCCCAUUAGAGCCUCGUCCCCCGUACAGCCUUCGCCUCACAGCUGUCCACUUGCGCUGACCGUCGGGGCCAGUGUGACGGUUCAGUACCAAACUGAGUCUACUAAAGCCUCACCCAACAGAUUAAAUCUCAAGACCAAACCGGAGAAAACACACAGUCCUAAGCGAAGGACCAACAUGAUGCCUCUGCCACAUGGGCGUCUCUCCAGGAAAGAAGGCCAGCGUGUGUUAAGUCACCUGCCCCUGCACUCCCAGCCCCAGGUGAUGAUUCCCAGUGUCAGCCUCACCAUUCCUAUAGGCGGGAUCCAGAUGGUGCAGCCACGCUCCAACAUGCUCCUCCGAAGCGCUUCUCUGCACCACAGCGUGGCCCAGAUGACGGUCACUGUACUCACGAAGGAGAAAGGGACAGAUGAAGUUCCUCAUCGUAAAAAUCAGCUGAUUGUGUUCACCGAGCCAACGGUGGAGAUGAGCUCUUCCUCCGAUGAAGACAAGGAGCAAAUCCGGGGAGUGGUUCAGUCAGAGCGAGUAUCCAAGGUUCCCGGCGUUCCCAUGACGACCUGGAAGAGUAUCUCUCAAAGAAACCACAGAAAGCAUCCUCGAGCUCAACCGGUAGACGGCUCAAGAACAUCCAUGGACACUAAGUGUUAAAGAUAAAGUUCAGCCAAAAAUGACAAUUCUUUCUUCAUUUUUACAGACCUAAUAAUGACCUAAACCUGCAUGUUUGGCAGAAUCUUCAGUGUUGGAAACGAACAGGGGCUUGGGGCAAAAAUGACACGCAUAGACACAAACCAACACCUACGUCUUCAUCACCCUCUGGCGUAUUCGAUAUGCAGGCAGGAGAAAUAAUAAAACAGGGUUAUUUACAUCGUGUGAGAAGAGAAAGAAUCAGCGAAAGUGUUGCGCUUUUUAUUAGGGCUGUCAAACGAUUCAUCGCGAUUCAUCGCAUCGAAAAUAAAAGUCUGUGUAUCAUUAUUUUGUAUUUAUAUAUAAAUACACACACACAUGCAUGUAUAUUUAAGAAAAAA